AUGCGGAUCCGAUCAAGCAUUGCCUGCGUGAGGUGCAGGCGAUCCAAGAUUAAAUGCGACAACACUGGCCAGCUGGAUUCUCCCUGCGAGAACUGCAAGAGGAACGGUAGCAAUUGUUCCUGGCCCAUUCCAGCUCCGUUGCCACCUAAAAGGCCCAUGUCCCCGCUUGACGAUAAGCAAGAUGCAAGCGUUAUAGGCUCUGGGCGGGAGAAACGACCACGAAGGGCUCGCAUGGCCAAGGCGCCAAAAAGUAAUUGCCACGAGGUUCUACAGGCUAUUCGGUGCGUCGACCGAGGGUUGUGGGAUAAGAUACUGGCUACUUUCCAACAGCAUUUUGCCGUUGAACUCCCCUUCAUUCACGCACCGACAAUCAAAAGGACAAUUUAUGACUUAACCACUGGGCAAGACCAAGUAUCUUUUGAUACUUGUCUGGUUCUUCUCGGGAUCCUGGCAUUGGCAGGGAGAUAUCACCCAGACCUAUUGCCCCUCACAGAGCCCAUGUUAGACGUCGGACCCGACUCCCGCAACUACGAUAACACACCUCAUGACCAACCGGAAGGUCACGCUCCUUAUGACUCAUUUGCGAGGCUGUUGGACAAUUCGCUUGGCUCUUUCCUCAAGGCAACAUCUGUUGGAUCGGUUGAGCGCGUCCAGGCCCUGCUUAUGCUUGCACUUUAUGAGUGGAUCUCGCCAGAUCACGAAGGCCUUUCAGCCUGGAUGCUCAUUGGAGCAGCGGGACGCAUGGCGCAAGCACUCAGGCUCGGACACGAAAGCAAGCCAAUUCCUACAUGCGAAGAGGCAACCUGCGAACGAGAGAUCAGACGCAGAACGAUGUUCAGUUGUUUUAUUUUCGAUCGUCUCAUUUCCUGCGGCAAGGAGAGACCCUUCUUCAUACGUUUCGAAGAUAUGCACGUUUAUUUGCCAUGUGCCAAAGAAGAUUUUGAUUUGAGCCGUCAAAAUCAACAACCGUUUCUCUCCAGCAAUCUGUCCGAACCUGAGGCGCUCCAUGAUUGCAGUCUUCUCGGUUGUUUUGUGCAACUGACAAACAUAUGGGGUCGAAUUUCCCAGUACACGAACGCGGGAGGUCGUUUUUUAGAGAAAAGCGUCCCGCCAUGGAGUCAUGAUUCUUCGUUCUAUAAAUUGCGGCGAGAACUGGAGACUUUCGGCCACGGGCUCGAUAGCCCGGGACUUUAUCUAACGAUGAGCACUGUUAACUACUUCCGUCACGAGAACACUUCGAGCACUUUCGUCCUCUUGCACCUUCUGUAUUCCCUCUGUACGAUAAUGAUCCAUCGCCAGUACCUUCCAUUCGUUCCCAUCAACUGCCAAAAGCCGAGCGGUCCACUAGACGAGCCAACAUUUCCGCAAAACGCGGUCCCAUUUGGAUUCUGGGAGGAGAGUGCCAGCGAAGUGUUCAGAGCAGCAGAGACUGUUGUUUCUUUGAUCCGCUUGUCAGGUGGAAGUCUUCCACACUCGCCUCUCGUCGCGUUUGUCAUCUAUACAGCAUCAUUUGUGGCAAUUUAUGCUAAAUACUUUCCACACAUGGAUGCCCGGGGCUCGUUGUCCCGCAAUCUAGAACUGUUCAGCCAGGAUCCCGGGACUCCGUCGAGUAAUGUGUGUAGCAGUAACACCGCCAUCAUGCUUGACGCCCUGAAGAACAUGGCAAAGAAUUCAGGAGUGGCAGCAGCAUUCGUCGCAAGAUCUGGUGAAGUAGAUCAAUACUUUUCAGCCAUGGUCCAGGAUCACCAUCAUAAUCUCAGGCACCGUACUUCACCUCAACUGCCCACGGGCGUGAGGCUUGGUGUCCGCAUGGGAGGUGAUACUGGAGGCCUGGAAGAAUGGGUGGAAAAUUCCGACAGAAUGGUCAGCAAUAGCUCAAUCAUGAAGGACGGUUAUUCUAAACGAGAUCUCGACCGGACGCGCCUCGAGAAUCCGACUCUCGAGAAAACCACACAACAGGAUGUUUCCGCCCGGCCCAGCUUGCCUACCACGCUACUCGAAAUAUCUCCUCUCACGGCCUCAGACUCACGAAAUCAACAAUCUACACUGGCCACUGAGAAAGCGUCAGGCGCCAAGGAUCACAUGCAGCCUCCGCCAUUGAGUUUGGUACCCACACAGGUUACGAGCGAGGACCAAUCCGUUUUACCGGAAAGUACAUGUGCCGACGACUGGAGCUGGGCCUUCCUUCACGACAUGUACCUAGGGAGUGUUUCGUUCGAUUCGGAGGAUAUUUAG